GGGGCGCUGGGCGUGCUGGCGGCGGCGGCGGGGAAGCCUCCAGCGGGCGAGGAGCAGCUCACGCUCGCGCCGUCCGGCGCCGCGCCGAAGGCCGCCGUCGUGGGCCCCCAGAACAGGUCCAUCGACCACAGCCCUGCCGUCGUGAUCGCCUCGGUCACGAGCGGCGAGAGCCUGUGCCGCUUCCGCCGGCGCUUUUCGCUGGACGUGGCAGCCGACGAGCGCGCCGUGUAUUUCAUCGGCGACUCGGCCUUCAGGAACCAGUUCGACGCGCUGUGCCUCGUCCUCGGCGCUGGCAUCAGCGGCCACGACGUCUCGUGGCGCGGCGUCCCGUGGGAUCUGUGGACCUGCGCUGGCACCUUGGGCAAGGUGCCCCUGUUUCUCGCCUACUCCCCGACGCCAACGUUCUCGGAGGACGUCGGAUUGAUGAUGCACGGCGCGCUCGCGGCCAGCCACCCGCCGUCCGUGAUCUAUUUCGGGUCGGGCCUGUGGCUGCAGUGGCCCACCGACGGAGAGCGAACCCUGAGAAGUGGGCGUUCUUCGACGCGUGGAAGAACUACGAGGUCCACCUGGCGGGCGUGCUCCGCGCGUACGGGCGCCUGUCCCGGCGGCUGGUCGUCGCCACGGCGCACUCGCAGUGCGAGGAGUCCUUCCACGGGGAGUGGGCCCUCUUCGCGAAGGCCGCGAGGACGGACCCGGAGGCGGCGGCGCAGCCGUGCGCCAGGCGCCUGGCGCGGGAGCUGCCGGGCGUCUCCGGCCCCGAGGCCGCGGCGGACUAGGACGGGCUGCGGAGCCGCGGGGCGUCCGCCCGCCUCGCCGGGCGCCUCGAGGCCGCCCUCGAGGCAGGGGGCGCGCCGCCGCGGGUGGCGCUGGUGCGCGCGUUCGAGCUGA